AUGUCCAACGAAGACGGCCGCCACUCCUCCCAAGAGCCCAACGAGAACGAGGCGUCCGGACCAUUGCGACACCUCAAUCUCAAAGUCACAGACAACAACAACGAGGUCUUCUUUAAGAUUAAGAGCAACACGCCCUUACAAAAGCUCAUGACUGCGUUUUGCGACCGUCAGGGCAAGGAUAUUACGUCCCUAAGAUUCCUGCUUGAAGGAGUUCGCAUCAACGCAGAAGACACUGCUGAUAUUCUAAAUAUGGAAGAUGGCGACACCAUCGAAGUCCAUCAAGAACAGAUCGGCGGCGGAGACUAG